UCUCCGCGUCGUCUCGGCCUUCUGGGCAGCCCCCUGCCGCCGGGCGCGCCCCUCCCUGGGCCGGGCUCGGGCUCGGGCUCCGCCUGUGGCCAGCGCUCCUCCGCCGCGCACAAGCGCUACCGUCGCCUGCAGAACUGGGUCUACAACGUGCUCGAGCGGCCCCGCGGCUGGGCCUUCGUCUAUCACGUCUUCAUAUUUUUGCUAGUCUUCAGCUGCCUGGUGCUGUCAGUGUUGUCCACUAUCCAGGAGCACCAGGAACUUGCCAACGAGUGUCUCCUCAUCUUGGAAUUCGUCAUGAUUGUGGUCUUUGGCUUGGAGUACAUAAUCCGCGUCUGGUCGGCUGGCUGCUGUUGCCGCUACAGAGGAUGGCAGGGUCGCUUCCGCUUCGCCAGGAAGCCUUUCUGUGUCAUCGACUUCAUCGUGUUCGUGGCCUCGGUGGCGGUGAUCGCCGCGGGCACACAGGGCAACAUCUUUGCCACGUCCGCGUUGCGCAGUAUGCGCUUCCUGCAGAUCCUGCGCAUGGUGCGUAUGGACCGCCGUGGCGGCACCUGGAAGCUGCUGGGCUCCGUGGUCUACGCACACAGUAAGGAGCUGAUCACCGCCUGGUACAUCGGGUUCCUGGUGCUCAUCUUUGCCUCUUUCCUCGUCUACCUGGCUGAGAAGGAUGCCAACUCUGACUUCUCCUCCUAUGCCGACUCGCUCUGGUGGGGGACGAUUACACUGACAACCAUUGGCUAUGGUGACAAGACACCACACACAUGGCUGGGCAGGGUUCUGGCUGCCGGCUUCGCCUUACUGGGCAUCUCCUUCUUUGCCCUGCCUGCCGGUAUCCUGGGCUCUGGCUUCGCCCUGAAGGUCCAGGAGCAGCAUAGGCAGAAGCACUUUGAGAAGCGGAGGAUGCCAGCAGCCAACCUCAUCCAGGCCGCAUGGCGUCUGUACUCCACUGACACAAGCCGGGCCUACUUGACAGCCACCUGGUACUACUAUGACAGUAUCCUCCCGUCUUUCAGAGAGCUGGCCCUCUUGUUUGAGCACGUACAACGGGCCCGCAAUGGGGGCCUACGGCCCCUGGAGGUGAGGCGGGCGCCGGUACCUGACGGAGCGCCCUCUCGCUACCCGCCCGUUGCCACCUGCCACCGGCCGGGCAGCGCCUCCUUCUGCCCUGGGGAAAGCAGCCGGAUGGGCAUCAAAGACCGCAUCCGCAUGAGCAGCUCCCAGAAGCGGACAGGUCCCUCCAAACAGCACCUGGCACCUCCGCCAAUACCCACCUCGCCGAGCAGUGAGCAGGUGGGUGAGGCGUCCAGCCCCAGCAAGGUGCAGAAGAGUUGGAGCUUCAAUGACCGCACCCGCUUCCGGGCCUCUCUAAGACUCAAGCCCCGCAGCUCUGCUGAGGAGGGCCCCUCGGAGGAAGUGGCUGAGGAGAAGAGCUACCAGUGUGAGCUCACUGUGGAUGACGUCAUGCCUGCUGUGAAGACGGUCAUCCGUUCUGUCAGGAUUCUGAAGUUCCUGGUAGCCAAAAGGAAAUUCAAGGAGACACUGCGGCCAUAUGAUGUGAAGGAUGUCAUCGAGCAAUACUCUGCAGGGCAUCUGGACAUGCUGGGGCGGAUCAAGAGCCUGCAAGCUCGGGUGGACCAAAUUGUGGGUCGAGGGCCCGGGGACCGCAAGACUAGGGAGAAGGGCGAUAAGGGGCCUUCGGACACGGAGGCAGUGGAUGAAAUCAGCAUGAUGGGGCGCGUAGUCAAGGUGGAAAAGCAGGUGCAGUCCAUCGAGCACAAGCUGGAUCUGCUGCUGGGCUUCUACUCCCGCUGCCUACGCUCUGGCACCUCGGCCAGCCUGGGGACCGUGCAAGUGCCGCUCUUUGACCCGGACAUCACCUCGGACUACCACAGCCCUGUAGACCACGAGGACAUCUCCGUCUCGGCACAGACCCUCAGCAUCUCUCGCUCAGUCAGCACCAACAUGGACUGAAGGGCUUCUCAGGGGCUGGGCAGCCUUCGGUCUGCCCCUCGGACUCACCCCGCGGCCUCACCCCUCAUACUUGAACUCGCUCCCUGGCAGGGAGAGAGGCCAUACACAGUAUUGAGCUGUCUGGGUGGGCGAGACACCCGAUGCCAGGUACCAGCGCCCCAGGAGCACGAAAUGCCAGGCCACGUGGUGGGCCGCAGCAGUGGCUGCCCGGAGGCCUCUGGACACUCCCGGACCCUGCCGGCUCCAUUAAGGUCCAAUAUGACCCGCCUGGCCGGGGCUCUGUCCCGGGAAUGAGAGCAGGGCGCUGGGGCCCUGGUCCCUGAACCAGCUUCUAGCUAUGCAAGGUGAGGUCUCCAGGCCCGCCCUUCCAGGCAGAGCAGGGAAGUCCUCCUGCCAAGCCCUGCCCCACUCGGGGAUGGGCCCAAGGUGCCCCCACAGGUGCCCACAAAGCACAGGACUCUGCCAUAAGGUAGAUGGGCACCAUAUAUGCAAACUAUGUUAAAUAUGCAACUUUGGGGACCCCCAUGGGGUUCCUCUGCCUCUCCCGCACUGGGAGAUGGGCCCCAGCAGUAGCUGGCCUCAGGCUGCUUGGCCAUACCCAACCUCCAUUCUUUGGCUUAUCAUCGACCCCCACCCAGCAUGGGGCCUAAACUUCCCUGUCCUCUCCCAAGGACAGUGCCUGGGCCUUUCUGCUCCUUUGCAGGGGUCACCCAGGGGCUCCCUCUUGCUGCUGGAUGUCCUACUGGUCCUCCAGACAGUUCUGACAGCACAAAUUCUUGUAUUUUCCCCAAACCUACUAGUCAGUGGCCCACCCCCAGGAACACAAGCAUGGCCCUUUUAUUUCUCCAUGAGAACGCCUCACACAGUGACACACACGACCACACACACCUGGAGGCGUGAGCACAAAGCCACUUGGUCUCCUGGGCAGGAAAGGGAGCAUCCAGAGGUCUCCCCAGACCCAGCCUCAGAGUUUUUCUUGCUCCCGGACAGGAGUCCUCUGGCUGCCCUGAGGACUGCGUUGGCAUCCUCACAGCAUAACCCAGGCCUGGGCCUCCAGACCUUGCACACCACUGGAGAGAACCCAGGCACGCACGCCCUCUUCCUAGUCCCAGAGAGAACACACUGUCCAGUGCUAUACCAAGUGCAGCUGGCUCUCACCUUCACCGGCCUCUGCCCCACCGGCUCACCCCAACCGGCAUAUCGGCACAACCGCCCAAACACGGCAGGCCUCAGCACCAGCUUUGGAUCCCCCCCCCCCCCCCCCCCGCUCACCCCAACCGGCAUAUCGGCACAACCGCCCAAACACGGCAGGCCUCAGCACCAGCUUUGGAUCCCCCCCCCUUUGGUUCCUCUUAUGCGAGGCCCGUGCAGGUGGCAAGGGAGUUGAGGUGGUGGACCAAUGAGGACACUCUCGGGGGUGCGUGGGAACAAGGGGCUGAGGCCCAACUGUCUGCAUCUCAUACUGGGACCUGCAUGUACCAGUGCCGGGGCCUGGGUGGAAUCGUGCUCAGCCCAGUCUCUGCCCUACCAUCUGCAUGUACCAUCAUGCCCUGGAUGGAGCCCAUCCUGGCUCGUCCCACUCGCACUGCGCCGACCCCAGAGAGCCACUCCACCUCCUCAGAGACAGCUGCCCAGAGGGGCUGGAGAAUAAGAUUACCCUGUGACCAAAGGAGACAUGGGAAGAAGAAGCCCUCCCUCCUUCCACGAUCGAGGUUCCCCCACCAACCCCGUUCUCAGAUGUGCAAGUACCUCACUUUGUUAACUUAUUAACUUAUUGGUUUCAUUAAAGUUUUCAGUAGGAGGUGAUUGGUCCUGGUUGUGGUCGGUGGCUGAGGGCUGAGGCUCCUGAUUUGAUGGUA